UUUCAAUUACCCGCGAUUGAGGAUUGAGGUUUGAGCUCUAUUUGUUUAAGUUCUUAGCACAACCACAGAGGGCACAUUGUACGGAGGCAUGACUCGUAAACGAAGGAAUCAUGGUAGGUCGAAGAAAGGCCGAGGUCAUGUUGGCUUCAUACGUUGUACAAAUUGUGGUCGAGCAUGUCCUAAAGAUAAAUCUGUAUGGAAAUUAGUGACACGAAGUAUGGUAGAAGCCGCCGCCGUUAAAGAUUUGGAAGACGCGUCGGUGUAUGGCAAAAACUACGCCGUUCCCAAAUUGUACGUCAAACUUCAAUACUGUAUCAGUUGUGCCAUCCACAGUAAAGUUCUUCGAAAUCGUAGUCGGGAAUCAAGGCGUCUCAGAAGGAUUAUAGUUAAACCUCGGGUUAAGUUCACACGUCCUAUUGCUCCAAGGGCAUGAUUGCAUGAAUAAAUUUUCAUUCAUUGGACUUUGCCUUUUGAUUUUUGUCAGAAAGUUGUGUUUGUUGGUCAAAAUCCGUUACUCCUAUUAUUCCUGACAUGAAUGCGUGUGGUUUAUUUGGUCUCAGAAUCCUUAUCUGUUGUUUAGAGUGAACAUCUUUUACUAGGCAAUUGUCAUUCAUUCGUUGUUUCGUAAAUACAUUGUUCUUUAAGAUGCUUACAUAUAAUUCACGCCUACUUUUUAAGAACGGACCUAUUCACUAGGCUGGUGUGUUUACAACAGAACAAACAGUGCAGCUGCAAAAUGAGGUCAAAAUUGCGACUGUUUCGCUGAUGACUCAAGGUUUGAAUCGGUAAAGCUGUGCGUGGUCUUACGUUUAUGAUGACUGGCUAACUGAUGCGGUGGUGCCUAAGUAUUGUUUUGUUGGUUUAAUCAUCACUAGCUUAAGUUUACGUCUAGGAAGUAACAGUUCGGAUAUCCUGAAACUAAUUAGCCGCAAACGUAAAAUGCCUCCCGGAUACUAUUCUGUUUGGAUAUGGAUGGUUAAGUGAAACUGCGUUUGUACUUGAAUAUUGCCGAGCAACAUUGAAAGCAAAAAAUUAUGUACAAAGGAUGUUCUAUCAUGAGGUUGUAUUUGUAUAAUGAAACACUGCGUUGAGCCGAAUGCAUUUCGUAUUCGUGGAUACCUCUCACAAUGGUGACAAGUACACUGAAUCAGUCAUUAAAACUCGGACAGACUGUAUGGGGUUAUUUCAUGUUUAUUAUUUGACUGACUUUCCGUAGUCGCGAAAUAAUCUGCCGGCAGGUUUCUACUGGACUUAGAGUCUAUAUUCAUCUUGAUAUUGUAAAUCAUCAUCCUCAAUACUCGAGGUGUUCUGCUGCCACUAAAUCCGAUAAAAUACAGAGCAAAAGGUUUUCGGGAACUUUGAUUUGAUGGUUUACGAAUGUUCAGGAUGUAAUCAAGCAAACCAUUAUGAUUGUUUAUAGGUAUGUCCAUUCAUGAGAUGGUCUGCAGAUGCAUUCUGCUACCUAAGUAAACUGCUGUCCUGGUGGACAUUGUUAUCUAUUUGGGUAAAAAAUAUGAUACGCGGGUGUUUAUUCUUAGAAGCAGUCAUAGAAAAGCAUAUUAUUAACAUGAUAGUCUUAUACUAUCUCACUACAUAAGGCGUAAACGUAGAUCACCCUAACUAGCUUCUGAAACCUUAGCUUUGACCAGGAAUUUGUGAAACACUCUUAGUCAAGCGUCUUUGCGAACGUGUUUUUGGUCGUCACCACAGAAAGUAGUAGUGAUAUAUUCUGGGAAGUGUCUGUCAGUUGCAACAGUGGACGAUUUUGUGAGUGGGUGUUCACUGUUUCAGUCCAAUUUAUCUGUUGUGGAUCGCUACUGCAUUCAUAGAUCCAAAACAUAUACCGUUUAAAGGCUCACUUGGUACUGUUGGUUUUCGUUUCAACAAUUUAGUUAAAUUAUAGCAUACAACUGUUGCAGAAGUCAGUCCGGUGCAUGUUUGUAAUGAAAUGCCUUGAUUAGACGCGGUAAGUUCGGGCUUGUUAAGAAAUAUUGGGAAGUGAAAACAGCCCAAAGUGGCUUUGUAAAACUUAGCGUCAUGUCAUCGGAUGUGUGGAUUCCCAUAAGCUCCAUGUGAGCUAGCUGUAAAUUACUGCGAUGAAAUGGUGAACUAAGAAGUACUUCUGCAAUGGGACUCGUAUUAGCCA